GGCGCGCAUGCGCAGUGCGUAGAGCGCGUGGGUAAUGGCAGGCGCUCGUGGGAUGUUUGCUGUAUGUUCGACUUUAGCAUAGAAUUACAACUUCAGAGAAAGAAAGAGCGGGAGAGGAGUGUGUGUGUGUGUGUGUGUGUGUGUGUGAGAGAGAGAGAGUCACCAUGGAUUAGUGUGUGUGUGUGAGCGAGAGAGGUUUCGCUGUAAACAUUCCUGCGCAGUGUGUGUGUGUGUGUGUGUGUGUGUGAGAUAUGAUGAGCUCCAGUAGAGAUACAGUGGUGUCCACACACACCUCCUGGGUGUGUACCUCUCCCACUGAGCUCAGAGACAUCCUCAUCACACUCCAGGAGGAUCUCAGCACUCAGGAGCCUGAUCCAGCUCUGGGCGAGUCUGUGCGCUUGGAGCGAGCCGAGGAAUCGUCGCCGUGUGUCAUCACCCUGCUGUGCCGCCCUGACUCGGGUGGAGUCAUCACCAGCCUUCAGGUCGUGAGCGAGGCGAGGACUGUGGAGGUGUACUCGCUCUCCGGAGACUACUGCGGGACGAGCCGCGGCGAGGAGGAUCCACGAUGGCAGCAAUGCAGUGGUGAUGAUAAGAGACUCUUCUACACGAGCCGCUUGGAGUUGGAAUCCCCACUAUCAUCAUGUGAAGUAAAGCUGCUGUCUCUCGGAGGACGCUCGGACGUGCGAAUCCAUCAGGUGGCUGUGGGACUACGGUUCCGUCCUGGAGCAGAGUUCCGGGCCGGCCCGGCCGCUGGCAUCGACCUUUACCGUGUCCAGGCCAUGAUGGAGGAGAUGGGCGCUACGCUCUCACCUGGAGCGCAGAAUCUGAUGGAAAUGGUGCAGUUUCAGCAAAAGAACAAAGCCGACAUCCUUGGUGGCUUCCUGCCGCUGCUGAUGGGUGGAGGAGCGUUAGCGUGCUUGUCCAAGGGACCUAAAGCGACAGGAGGCGAAUGCUCACAGACCGCGCAUCAGUCUGGAACGUCCCCUGCUGACCAGAGCGGCGUUCCGGGUGCGGGAGCAGGUGGUCUGUGUGGGAACCGGAGUCCAGUCAGUCCUGAUCUGCUUCCUGUGCUUCAGAGUGUGUGUGGUCAGGUUACACAGCUCCGCCUCGACGCUAUGACCGCACCAGAGAAGAAGACGAACGGAGAGCGUGAGGACCACACGUGCUGCGGAGGUUUGGAGAAAGUUCUGGAGAAAGUGGUGGAGAAGCGUAUGCAGGACCUGGAGACCCGGCUGAAGGAGCACAUGGACUCCCGACUGGACGCCCUUCAGCAGCGUCUGGAGCUCACGCUAAACCAGCUCACGCUUCCCACGAGCACAGCAAGCCCACGGUGAACCCGCUGACCGGGAACACCAGCGCCGACGCACGCCCAUACAGUGCUUCCUGAGGGCGUGGUUUAUUUAAAUAACUUUGCUAACAGUUUGGUUGAAGGAGUCGUGUCUAACCUUUACGUUUUUUUUUGAAAGCCUUAAACUUUAAUGGUUAUGAUGAUAAAUAACGUUUCUGAUGUUUCAGCUGCUGAUCCGCUGAGCGUUUUAACGGUCGUCAGUUACUUAUCUAAUUUAUUAUUGACAGUCAUGGACACCGCUAAUCAGUCACCUGACUCAGAGUGAGCAUCGUCACUAAUGCUGCUUUUCCUCAACUCCUAAUGUUCACACAAGCUUGACGUUGGAUCUUAAUGAGAAUUUAAACGGUUUGCGGUUCCACUGUACGACAGGUUGUUGGUGUUUUUAACCCAGCGAGAGCGCCGAAGCCCCAGAGGCUGAACCUGAACAACAGAACCUGAACCUCUGCCGAAACAGAGACGGGUGGUUCUGCCUCCUGGGAUCUCAUCUUAAGGACGUGUUUGUGUUGUUUAAGGUGUUUGUUCAUCGACAUUGUAUUUAAUGGUUUAUAUUAAACCCACUAAGGACAAAAAAAAAGAAAACAUUAAAAGGUGUUUAAUACUUAGA